UGUCAAGAGACGCUUGUUGACAGUAAAGCGGCGUACAUAUAAAAUCUUCUUACCGGCAAAAUAAUAUAUUUUUUGCGGAAAAUUGAAUUAAACCGCUGCAAAGAUUAAAAUAUCGUAUGGAAGUGAAACAGAGAGAUCUGCUGUACAGGCUUAUGAUAAGCCAGUUGUUCUAUGAUGGACACCAGCAGUUAGCAGUCAACCUUGCUUCCAUGGUAAAGGCUCACCCAGCAUGCCCACCAUCAGAUAGACUGCUCAAAGUUUUAAAACUUGGACUCAAAGCAGAAGAAGAGGUGACUGGGGAAAAGACAUUCAAGAGUGAGUACAUCACUCCUGGUGCAGGAAUUGAUUUGGAGUUUGAGACAGAUGUUCAGACAAUAUCACCAGAAGCAGCCUUGUAUGAGACAUGUUAUGUUACAGCACACAAGAGUGCCUGCAGAGUAGGAGUCUUCCAUCCCAGUGGUCAGUUAAUUGCUACAGGCUCUGAAGACACAUCAAUAAAGAUUCUAGAUGUGGAAAGAAUGUUGGCCAAGAGUGCAACGCCCCCUGAAGUGAUUGCACUGGAGACGCCCCAACAAGCCAUGGAAAAUCACCCAGUCAUCAGAACAUUAUACGACCACAAUGGGGAAAUUACUUGUCUUGACUUUCAUCCACACCAUCAAAUUCUGGCGUCCGGCAGCAAAGAUUUUAGUGUCAGAUUCUUUGAAUAUUCAAAACCAUCAGUGAAAAAGGCAUAUAAAAGUAUACAGGAAGCAGCAGAAGUAAGGACGUUAUCAUUUCAUCCUGGAGGGGAUUUUAUCCUGGUUGGUACCAAUCAUCCUACAUUACGGCUUUACGAUGUGAACACAUUUCAAUGUUUUGUUGGAAGAAAUCCCAAUGACCAGCAUACAGCUGCUGUUACAUCUGCUAAAUACAGUCCUAAUGCUAACUUGUAUACAACAUGUGCUAAAGAUGGACACAUCAAGAUUUGGGACGCUGUGUCUGGUUUGUGUAUAAAUACAUUCAAGAAUGCUCACGAUGGAGAGGAAGUGUGUUCAGUACAGUUUACAAGAAAUUCCAAGUAUAUUUUAUCAAGUGGGAAAGAUUCAUUAGUGAAGUUAUGGGAGUUGUCUACUAACAGAUGUCUGAUAGUGUAUACUGGAGCAGGAACUAUGGGAAAACAGGAGCACAGAACUAAAGCUUGUUUCAAUCAUACAGAAGAUUAUGUGUUGUUCCCGGAUGAGAAGACAACAAGUCUGUGUUGCUGGGACUCGAGAAAUGCUGAACGUCAAAGACUUCUUUCUCUUGGCCAUAAUGGGAUUGUUCGCUGUAUAAAUCAUUCACCGACAGGGCCUGCAUUUGUCACAUGCAGUGAUGAUAAUCGUGCACGAUUCUGGUACAGGAAAGCUGAUUCAGACUGAUAAUACAAUAUUCAUUGAUCUUGAUGCUUCAUUUGUAUAUAAAAAAUAUACAAUAUAGAAAGCACGCUUGUGCAGAACUUUGUACUAGGGGCCCUAGUCUAGGGCAUAUCGGUUCUAUUCAUACCUUAUCAUGUUGUUUUAUGUGUCAAACUUUAAGUACUUUAAGCAACAAGUUGUAAAUUGUUUUUGUAUUGUUUUGUUUUGUUUUUUCAUUGCUUAAAAUCGUCUUUUUUUUAAAUUAAAUCAGCUGUAGCUAAUGUUUAAGAGAUACAUAAAUGCCAUUUUGUUUAUAAAAAGAUACAGAAUUUACCAUUAUUUUAAUGUGUAUUCCUUUAGAAACAAGAGCAAGAAUGUAAUACAUUCAAUUUCUUCUUUUUUUUUUCUUUUUUUUAAAUAAAUUCCUACUUUAGUAAAUGAUAUAGAAUCUACUAUUAUAUUCAAGGACUUUUAUAGAUUUAUCGAAAUAAAUGAAUUGUUAGGGUUUUUUUAACAAAUAAUGAACAAGUACGGUAUGGUAAUCAACUGUUUCAAUCUGAAUAAAAUUAUACAUGUAUUACCAAGUUAUGAUUUGUAGAUCUAUUAAAAUUAUAUGCCUAUGUUUUAUUGACAUCUAUAAAGGUAUAUGACCAAAUUAUGAUUUGUAGAUCUAUUAAAUUAUAUGCCUAUGUUUUAUUGACAUCUAUGAAGAUAUAUGACCAAAUUAUGAUUGAUGUAGGCAUUUAUGAAGUAAUGUGCCCUAUACAUGUACUUUUACUUGUGUUUAACUAUGUUGUAGGUUUCUAUUUAUCAUCAAUCAGUUUAGAUAUGCUUUGUUUUAAAUAGAUUGAAAACAGCAUGCCUCCAGAUUUUCAUGAACUGUUUCAAUGUAUUAAAAAGUAAAAUAUCAAGUGAAUAAAUUAAUUUACCCAUUGCCAACACCACAAUAUAUCUAGAAAAAAUUAACAAAAUAGGUAAGAAUAUGCAAAAUACUGCUUACUGUGUUAGACAUGCUGUAGAAAUAUGGUAAUAAAUUCUGAUAAUCUGUCAUUAAUUGCAUAUAACAUGUAAAUUACAUCUUGAAUUUUCAAUAUUUUUACUUUUUUUAAAAAAAAAAUCUAAGUACAUAUUUUUCAAGGUAGAUUUUCUGGAACUAUUUUGGCCAAUCUGGAGGUAUACAACUUUAAAUAGAUAAAUAUGAACUUGAAACAAUUUGAAGAUUUGAGACAAUUAGAUAUGGCCUUUUUUACAUAAGACUGGAAAAUAAUAAAAUAAAGUAUUAAAUUGAA